AAUAAAGACUCUAACCAACUUACACUCUGUCUUUUACUCCAGGGUUCUUUCAACUCGCAGAUCGGGAACACUUGUAAUGAUUUGAUGAUUUUUUUAAAGAAACAACAGGUCAAAAAAUCGAUUUCUGGAAUACCCAAUUGCAAUUUUUUCAGUGUCAGUAGUCUUCGAGAUGAACGACGGUUUAAUGUUCAGGAUAAGACUCCUGCUCCAAUCUCGUUCAGUCCCAGUAAUUUUCUUGCGGCGCUUCUCUUAUAAGGACAUAAAGCGGGCAACGGAUAGUUUCAGCAGAGUUAUUACGACUUCUUCUCAUGGGGCUUCUUAUAAAGCCAGGUUUCAAGGUGGUCAUGUUGCUGUGGUAAAAGAAAUACAUCUUAUUGGUCAAGAAGACGAUCAUAUCUUCUAUAGGGAGGUGCAACUCUUAGGACGUUUGCAUCAUCGCCACGUUGUUGCACUUAAUGGAUAUUCCGUAGGACAAAAAAGGUUUCUCGUGUUUGAGAACGUAGAAAAUGGAAGCCUCAAGGAACAUCUGAAUGAUCCUUUGAGGACCCCUUUGGAUUGGAGAAUCAGGCUAAAGAUAGCUGUUGGUGUGGCUGCAGCAUUAGAAUACUUGCAUUUCUUUUGUGACCCUCCUGUUUAUCAUGUCUCCAUCAGUUCAAAUACCAUCAUGCUAGAUGAGAAUUUCGACGCAAAGCUCUCUGAUGUUGGACUCCUUGGUUCGGGUAGUGAUCAGGUUACGGCUUGGCGGACUUCAAGUUCCAACGAAACCACGGGACAGGCGUAUGGAAACAUAAUGUAUCAGCUUGGGUUGCUGAUCCUUGAGCUGAUCACAGGUCAAUCAUCAGAAAAAACGGGCGAUGAUUUGGUCGAAUGGAUCGAAGAAUCUUGUUUUCCGGCAUCAAUGGACAACAUGAUCGAUCCUGAUCUUGGAAACGAUUACGAUUCUAGAGAGCUUACAGGAUUGUUAGCAGUAGCAAGAUUUUGCUUAAAAUCUGUAGAUAAACCGAAUUCAUUCACUCCUCAGAUAUAUCGGUAUCUUCAGAGGAAGAUCAGUAUCCGCAAGACUCCGAUCUGAAUCCAUUUUUUCGGGUUUUUAUUUGUAUUUUGUGGGUUUUGUGAAUGUGAGAGAUGAAUGAAUGUAAAAUAGAAGUGAAUAAUAGAAGCAAAAUAUGGCAUAUGGCAUUUGUAAAUUCUUUGUUAGAAAAUAAAUGUAGUCACUUGAAAGGUGAUGAAUAUAAG